UUGGAUUAUAUUCUUUUAGCUGUAAUGUCUUAGAUUUGUAACAGACUCCUGUUGGAAUUUUUGUUGUUGUUUUUGAGUUGUUGGUUGAGGCCAAGUCAUGGCGCCAGAGCUAGCCUUGUCAUUCUCUGUUGUAUCUGUGGUCGAAGAUGUUCUUCAGACGCACGGAAGCUGUUUAAGCGACAUUCACUUGGCAUCAAGGAUGGCAGAAGAAGCUUCCUCAAGAAGGAAUGAAGCAGCUGGGUGGCUAAGAAAGACAGUUGGAGUUGUUGGAGGGAAAGACAUUCCAGAUGAGCCUACUGAAGAAGAUUUCAGGAUUGCAUUACGAAGUGGCAUUGUCCUUUGCAAUGCUCUUAACAAAAUUCAACCCGGAGCAGUGCCCAAGGUAGUUGAAGUCCCCUGCGAUAGUGUUAUCAUUCCUGAUGGGGCACCUCUGUCUACUUACCAAUACUUUGAAAAUGUAAGGAAUUUUCUGGUAACUAUGGAAGAAAUGGGGCUUCCCACCUUUGAAGUGUCUGAUAUAGAACAGGGAGGAAAAUCUUCGAGGAUAGUGAAUUGUGUUUUAGCACUUAAGUCUUACAGUGAAUGGAAACAGGGAGGAAAAAAUGGGUCAUGGAAAUAUGCAGCUCUUCUCAGAAUCACGGGGGGGCAAAAGGUUCAUUCUUUUUGCCUUUCCCUCUGA